CGGAGAAGCCCUGUUGAUGGGGGAAUGAUGGCUGAUGAGGAAGAGGCUAAGCACCUUUUGCAGAAAUUGCAGGAACUGGUAGAUCAGCUCUAUUCAUUUCGAGAUUGCUAUUUUGAGACACACAGUGUUGAGGAUGCUGUGCGAAGGCAUCAGGAUAUUCGGGAGGAGAUGGAGAAGACCGUGCAGCAGAUGGAACAAAUACUGGGUUCUGUCCGGGGCAAAGCACAGGCUUUAAUGCUAACCGGGAAGGCACUGAAUGUGAUUCAUGAUUAUAGCCCUAAGGCUGAGGAGCUUCUGUCAAAGGCUGUGAAGCUGGAACCUGCACUGGUGGAAGCGUGGAACCAGCUGGGUGAGGUGUACUGGAAGAAAGGGGAUGUCGCUGCAGCCCACACUUGCUUCUCUGGAGCCCUCACUCAUUGCAAGAAUAAAGUCUCCUUGCAGAACCUGUCAAUGGUUCUUCGCCAACUACGACCUGGAUCUUUAGAUGAACAUUCUCGCCAUGUCAUGGACAGUGUUCGGCAGGCCAAGCUAGCUGUGCAGAUGGAUGUCCUUGAUGGCCGAUCCUGGUAUAUUCUGGGGAAUGCAUACCUUUCUCUUUAUUUCAAUACUGGCCAGAGCCCUAAGAUCUCCCAGCAAGCCCUCAGUGCCUAUGCCCAAGCAGAGAAGGUUGACAAGAAAGCUUCCAGCAAUCCUGACCUUCAUCUGAAUAGGGCUACGUUACAUAAAUAUGAAGAGAAUUAUGGGGAGGCACUGGAGGGCUUCUCUCAGGCUGCAGCACUGGACCCUGGCUGGCCAGAGCCCCAUCAACGUGAGCAACAACUCCUGGAAUUCCUAAGUAGAUUAACCAGCCUUCUGGAGAGCAAGGGAAAGAUAAAGACCAAAAAGCUGCAGAGCAUGCUGGGAAACUUGCACCCAGCCCAACUAGGCCCUUGUGGUGAUGGACGCUAUCAGUCAGCCUCUGGGCAGAAGGUGGCACUGGAGCUCCAGUCGUUGAGUGCGCUGAAGCCUGGUGUGAACAGUGGUGUUGUGGUCCUAGGAAAGGUGGUAUUUAGUCUAACUACAGAGGAGAAAGUCCCCUUCACAUUUGGCGUAGUAGAUUCUGAUGGACCAUGCUAUGCAGUGAUGGUGUAUAAUAUGGUACAGAGCUGGGGAGUGCUCAUUGGGGACUCUGUUGCCAUUCCUGAGCCCAGCCUUCGGCUUCAUCGAAUUCAGCAUAAGGGAAAGGACUACUCCUUUUCCAGCAUUCGUGUGGAGACGCCCCUCCUGUUGGUGGUGAAUGGAAAGCCUCAGGGCUCCAAUAGCCAGGCUGCUGCUACAGUGGCCUCAAGACCAAAGUGUGAAUGAUCUUCCUGACAUGCAUGUGGAGAAGAGAAUGGAGGCAGGAGUCAACCUUGAAGCACUCAGCUGCUGGACCAGCAACAUCCACCAAUGACGCAUCUGGGCUAGGGGAGAGGAGGGUUGUGUGUUGUGUGGGGCUCUCUCUCCUCUGCCCUGUGAGAUACCUGUGUCUUUUCUUUCUCUCAUCAUGUUCUAGCUCUGCCAGAGCUGCACUUUCUCUGAUAGGUCUGUGCUGUCUCUGCUCUCUGUUUUAAGAAGGGAGCACAGAUUCGGUAGAAGUUUGAGAUCUUGCCAUGGGACAGAAUCCCCAAUUUCUGUUUUUGUCUUCUUCCCAAGUCUUAAUGUACGUGUAUAUAUCAGUUAAGUAUUUAUUGUUAAGGGUGGAGGCUUGAUAUUUAAAUGGUUUUAUGACCAAUUUUUCAUUUUUAAGAUUCUAACCUCUUUGGAGUUAGAACAGAAUUAAAGUUGUUUGGACAAAAAAA